AUGAAUCCGAAAUGUACUUGUACGGAAAAAUCAACUCCUCACCCUUGUACGAGCCAUAUUGCUUACGAAGCGGCCAAAAAUAUAUCAAUACAUUUUGAAAAAACUCCUUUUUUUCACGAAACUUCUAAAACUAUAGAUAUCGAUCUAAAUAACAAUCAACAAGGAGUAACCCGGUUCAAAAUCAAAAGAGCUAUUACUUUAUAUCAAGAUUACGAAUUUUGGAUCAAUCCUAAGAACGGUGUGAUCGAAAAGGGCGCUAAAAAAUUGAAACUAGAAUGUUUUUAUCGUCCGAAAGUACCAUUUGUAAGGAAUGUACAAACAUUUGAAUGCGAUAUUGGUAGAAUAAAAAUAACUAUUACAGCAACCGGCGAAUCUACAGGACCAAUCGUAACAGCAUCAGAAAGACAUAUAUAUUUUCAUCAAACUCCUAAAAAUAGAAGAGGGAAACAAAUUUUUGCACUUAAAAAUGCCACGAAUAUACCUGCAGAAUUUAUGUUCGACAUCGAUACAAAACAAAAGUUAUUCACGGUUACACCACUCAAAGGAGUUAUUAACAAAGAAAUGUACAUCAAGGUGUUCUUCAAUCCUAAAGAAUUCGGAAUCUAUUCUCAAAAACUGUAUUGCCUAAUUUUGGGUAAUGAACCAAUAGUAGUAAAUGUUACUGGAAUAUACGGUGAAGAACAACUUGAUCCAAACAAGUUAUCUUAUAUCCACUACCCUUUUGUAUUUGAAGAAACCAUCCUCUACGACGGAUAUUUCAAAAAUUUUAUCGAAACUUCCAUCUAUAAGAAAAAUUCUCCAGUUUAUUUAACUCCUCGUUAUAUCGAUAUGGGGAAAAUAGUACAAGUCGAGGAGAAAAUUUUAGAACCCGAUUAUGACAUCCAACAAAAUUCUUCUGAUACUAGUCAACAAAAUUUAUUUUAUUCAUUCAAGAAUUUCAAUAUUACAAACGAUAUGAAGCAUAACAUAACAGUCAAUUGGAUAGAAGAUGAUCCAAUUUUCAACAUAUUUCCCAAGGUAGCUACCAUACCAGGUCAACAAUCCAAAUAUUUUAAAUGUGUUUUCUCGCCCCCGAACAACGAGUCAGUUUACUUUAGGAAAUUAACCGCCCAGAUAUAUUGGAGGUGUGAUUUUGUGGAAAAUCACCAUCCCAAUCAGACGUUCAUAGUACCAUUAACUCUUUCCAUUAAUCUCCAAGGAAAUUCUUUCCCAAAAGGACAACACACUCUAACAGACGUAGAAAUGAAGCCGCCUAGGAUUGUUUUUCCUCCCACCGUAGUUAAUACCGUCAUAUACGAGAAUUUUACCAUAAUCAACAAACUAAAUCGUCCAGUUAUAUUUAAACUGGUACCACCUCCUGAUAGGUAAGUAGCAUUCAAAUUUUUGAUUGCUCUUAUCUUGGUUUCUCUGGGAAUCGACCAAUAAAAAUCAACAAGCGCUGAACUUUCCGGUCUAUAUAAUCUAUUAGUGUUUUGUGUUAGUGUUAACAAAUGUCACAGUAAUAUCAAUCAAAAUGUAUGACAAUUCAAUGGAACAUAAUGAAAAUUGGAAAGAUUCGAACAAGCCUAUUGGUAUUUGGACGGAAGACGAAAAAAUUAAAUUAGAUUAUUUAAUUCAAUUCAUCGACGAAUUUAUAUCUUCCCAAGAAUAUGAAGA